CGCAUGUUGUAGUAACCAGGAAAACAAUAAACGAUCGACGUAACAAUUGUCGGCGGCAUCCCCUCCUGCGGUGCUACGGCACGGUCACAAUGGACGUGGGUAUCAACUCGUCGCUGUCAGCCUCUCCACGCAGCCCAACCACGUCGGUGCAGAAUGCAGGCGCGCCCGUCAUCAAGCGCCGGGCCCCAAUCGCCUGCCGGAGAUGCCGCCGCAUGAGAAGCAAAUGUCUCCAUGACAGGGGACAACCGCCCUGUCAAGCUUGCCACGCUGCCGGACUCGGCGCCUCAGACUGCGUGUUCCCGGUCCGUGGCCAGCCAGACCAGGACCGCGAGUAUCGGCACCCUCGAAUGAGGCAAGACAAGAAUGGCAAGCGGGAUCCGACCAAGACCCGCAGCGGUUCCCUUGAAGCCCCUAUUGCCCGAUUGCUGUCUCACUCAACCUCGUCUAAGAACAUCAGACCCGCAGAUGAAUGGGACUUGCUGCCGCCGCUGCCUGAAAUCAUCGAGGCCGUCAACAUGUUCACUCGUCAUUAUUUCCAGCUGGGAUUCAUUCCGAAGCAAGCCUUCCCGGAGAGCCUGAGGACGAACCACCGAUCUGUCAGCGUGUUCUUGGUCCUCGGGAUUCUCAGCAUCUCAGCUCGCUUUAUGCCGUCUUUGGUCGAACGCUAUGGCAGUGGCGUGAAGGCCGCCGAGGUGUUUAUGGAACACGCAUCGGCCGUUGCCCUGGACGAGCUGUACAGAGGCCCGGAUCUAGCGAGGUGUCAAGCGUUCUACCUGCUAAGCAUUGCACAGCAAGGGAGCGGGCUGAAGAGCCAGAGCUCGAUCAACAUGGCUAUCGCCCUGCGAAUGGCCACCCUGAUGCGCCUCCAUCGGGAAGAGACCUACACUCUUAUUAACCCCACGAAAGAGCUGGUCAUCAAGGCAGAGUCUGCACGCCGCACACUAUGGAUGCUGCACAGUCAAGACAAUAUCCAUUCAGGACCUGCAUCUCCUGUAUCUCUUGUGGCAUCUGAUAUCACCGCUCUACUCCCAUGCAACGAAGAAGACUUUGCCAAUGGCAUGGAACCUCAAUCGCGAGCAGCACUUGAAGACACCCCGCCCGCUGUAGAGAACCCGAGAUUGAUAACUGACCAAGGAAGAUCUCUGUUUGCCACUUUAAUUCAGUCGCAUUACCUGUGGGGUACCAUUUCUCGGCGAGCCAUGAGCCGGGAUAAAAGCACGCGUCCAUGGGAACUAAAUAGCGAGUACGGUAAGAUGGAAAUCAAAUUGAGAGAGUGGGAGGGCGGGCUGCCACAUGGGUGCCAGUGGAGCAACGUCCUUCUCAAAGGGUACAAGGCAGGCGGGGAGGACUUGGCAUAUCUAGGUGUCUCGAUGAUUACCCGCCUCUGCAAUAUUGUACUGCGGAAGGCCUAUCUCGACGAAAUCGUAGCCUCGGCCUCGGGCAAGUCAGAACCUACCUUGCAACCGUUCUGGGCCAACAUGUCGUACGAGCUCUUCAAUAACGUAAGAAUGUUGCAUGAGCAAAUCGAGACCCAGUUCAAAGUAAGGACCAAUGACGACGGGAAAGGCGUCCAGAUGGCGGCUUUCUGCGUCUACAGCUGCGGUUUCUUCGCCUGCUACCUAUGCAAAUGUCCGAAUAUCUGCCCAGACCCUGCCAUCACCCGGGAAGGCCCAGCCAUGGUACAGCGCUGCGUCACAAUUCUGACAGAGAGCCAAGAUCUAUGGCCCCUGGCCUCACGAUGGCUUGAUGGGCUUAUAAAGUUCAGAGACCAGAAGUGUGCUGCCGCAGGUGUAGAAGGCAGCAUGGCCGAUGGGAGGGAACCCAUCCCCCAUGUGCUGCACCAAGCACCCGAGCCACCUGCCACAAAACCCAUCCAGCAAUCAAUACUUACUACUAUUGCCCCUCUUCCUCCCCAUCCACAUCCGCCCAUGGACGACCAGCACAACAGGCAGGCACACAGCCCUGGCACACCAAUGCCCCCUCUCCUGCAAACGAACCCCCUACCACAGACAUAUAUCGACCCCAACCUGCGACUGCCCGCACCACAAUCACAACAGGAGCCAAUGCACCCCCAGCACGCCCACCCCCACGUCCACGCACACACCCAACCAGCAGCUCCCGCCCACGACCACCACCAACAGGGCCGCCCAUCAACCGACGGCCUCGGCCUCCUGAUCGAGGCAUUCGACACCCACCAAAACCACAACCACAACCACCACCACCACCACCCUCAGGCCGCCGGCGCCGACAGCCUACAGAUACCGGUUCCCGACGUCGCCUACGACCCGCCGCCGCCACACCACCCACACCCGCACGAGUGCUAUCCCGUGACGGCGGCGGCGCCGGGGGGCCCCGGGGGGGUGCCGACCAACGACGGGUACGAGAACGAGCUGCAGUUCUACAUGUCCGACGGGAUGCCCAUCAUAUCGCAGGGGUGGGUUACUGGGGAUAUGUAUGGGUUUUGAGAUGGG